AUGCGGCUGGAGAGGCAAGAUCGUGACCUGUCUCGAGACCGACCACGCGUCAAUUUACGAAAGGCGUACUGCCACAAGCUGGCGGAUAACCACCCUUAG